GAUAUGCCGCACGACAGAGCAACAGCGCAUGCUCAGAAUGCCUUCCACAGCCCAGCAGACAUAGAUGCAGCGCUCAGAAGGCUAUUUUUUUUUCAAAAGUCUAUAGCCGGUUUUAUACAGGGCGUUCCCAUCAAUCGUUUGACGACGACGCGGAGGGUGCUACAUGUUUUUGCAGCGGGUCUCCCAAGAAGGCGUGUUCGUACCUCGAUAAGGCAACGACAGUCGAGACAAGCAUGGUGGAUUUCUUUGGAGACCUGGCGUGUCGUGGGUUUUCGUGACUUGGCCCUGGCGUGAACUUAUCGUACAGAUACGCACUUCCAAGAAAUGAACAUCGGCCUUCCUGACCGGACGUUGGAGAAGGAGUUUUGAGAAAGCAGUCACAAUGGCCAAAAGAACGAGGCUCGCGCCCCUGCUGCUGGCGGUGGCUGCGGCGUCUGGGCUGCUCCAGCAAUGCACGGCUGACAGAACCCAAGAAAACAUUGAUGCGUUCGCGAAGAGCAUACAGAACAAGAUCCACUGCACGCCAACGGGACUCAGCGCGUACGAUUGUAUCGAGUGUCUCUCCGCCCAAAACGUGCUUCGCAACGUGCCGUGGGAAAACAAGAACACCUCUCGGCAUCCAUCCGUUCGGGAGCUCGAGCAGCUGAGCGUGGUGGUCCUUCACCGCUUGUCCAACAUGAUGAAGGCCUGCACGACGGAAUCCGAUUGCAGCAGCUACCAGCAAUGCCUGUCGUCUCUGCUGAAGCGUGUCACGCCCCGGAGCAAGCCGCCUCAGCUUCUACUCAGGUUUGAGGACAUGCUACGACACAUUAAGGGCAUCUACAUGGCGGACUCUCCAAUAAAGUGUUUUACGGCAGAGGAGAUUCUGGCGGAGGUGGGGCCAUUUGAGAGCACUCCGGAGGUAUUUGUGGAAAAGCUCUCGCUUGAGGUGGUGAAGAACCUUCUCAACGGAAGGUGCAUUGAAGUCGGUGAUGCCGUAACUGACUUUCUGGAAGAUUUGUUCAAGCGUUAUGGAGACAACAGUACAGAAGUGAUUACACAGCAAGGGCUGGAGCGCUUGUUGAAACGUCUUCGAGUGGCAUCUCAAGACAUUGGUCACGACCACGAACAUUCUCAUGACCACAGCCAUGAUGGACAUAGCCAUGAAGGAAGCGAAGGUGGGGAGGAUCCAAAACACGCCCAUCAUCACGAGCAUGAUCAUAAAAAUGAAUCUGUAUAUGAACAUGAACACGAACACGAUCACAAACAUGAAGGGUCACACGAACAGGAUCAUGAACUCGGUCACAAACACGACGGCUCACGGGAAGGUGAUCACAAGCAGGAACAUAAACUAAGAACUGGCCAUGGCCACGAACAAGAACAUGAUCAUGAUCAUGAUCACAGUGACGAUCACGUAUCCACACAUUCCACCCAUGACCACACACGUAACGAUCAACAACAUUCUAGUGACGAUCAUACCCACAGUCAUGACCAUGACCAUGAUCACGACCACGACGAUCACUCGGAUCAUGACCACCAACCGGAGAACAAAUCGCUAGACAAGACAACGGCUAGUGCGUCAUAUGGAAGCUCCACAUCAUACACCUCUCCAAGCAUUGUCAACCCAGCAACGUCUGAGGGGUUCGAGGAGUUCCACACGCAAGCCAGCGAUAACCAUGACCAUUCGGGCCAUGAUCACGAUCAUCUCGAAUCGCCGAGGGCUGAAGGGCGCCUCUACGAAGGACAUGGUCCUCAUGGCAAAGCUCGGAAAAGGCGAAACGUGCCUUUGGAGCCAAGUGAUCACGAAAGCCACAAGCACAAUAGCUCCGCGUCCAAGUGUUGGACUACCCGCGAGCUCAUCAGGAAGUUUGGCCAGGCUGGGAAUGGCACUAUCAGCAAGCACGAGUUUUUCCAACUCUGUCCCGCACUCAUUCAGCAGGCUGUAACCGACGUGUGCAGGCAGAGCUUCAAGGCGUCCCGGCGACCCACCAACGCCGAAUUGUACGGGUAUGGCACGCUGGCCGUGUUCAUCAUCAGUCUGUGCUCUCUGGUGGGCGUCUUGCUGUUGCCAUGCUUGGCCAGAUACGCAUAUUACUACAUCAUGAUGGGAUUCAUCGGCCUUUCUUUCGGCACCAUGACGGGUGAUGCCAUGCUUCAUCUUAUACCACAGAUCCUCGGCCUGCACAGCCAUGACGCCGGAGAUCACCAGGGUGGUCACCUACACCUCCAUAGCCACGGUCACGACCACGGACACGGCGACGAAGAGGAACUCGUGCCUCCCUACUUCUGGAAGCAGCUGGGGCUCAUCGGCGCCUUUUACGGCCUCUUCGUCUUCGAGGCACUCAGUGUCAUCUUCACCAAAGAGAACGAUCAUGACGACCAUGGUCACGGCCACAGUCACCUCCCGAAGAACAUUCCGGACGAACUGCGCAUGACCAAGGUCUCGCAAAAAACAGAGUCGAACAUUGAGCUUGCCCAGACCCAAAGCACGAAUUCGCUGGCAAUUCAAGAUAGUCCCCAAGCACCUGUUCUGAAGUCCAGUAGUGUUUGUUGCGGGAUGUCAACGCUGGCGACGGUGGUAAUCAUCGGAGGCGCUAUUCACAACGUGGCAGACGGCCUUGCCAUCGGAGCCGCCUUUUCGUCGGGUCUCAAAGGGGGCCUGUCCACUUCAAUUGCUGUCUUCUGCCACGAACUGCCCCACGAGUUCGGAGAUUUCGUGGUGUUGAUCUCGACGGGGCUGGGCUACAAGAAGGCCCUCUUUCUCAACUUCCUCUCGGCCCUGGCCGCCUUUGCGGGCCUCUACGCGGGCUUCCAAGUGGGCGAAAACAUCGUCGCACGCAACUGGAUCCUCACUGUCACCGCCGGCAUCUUUCUUUACGUCUCGCUCGUGGACAUGUUACCAGAGCUGAAGCAGUACAGAGGAAAGAGUCCCUUCAAGAUGUUCAUCGUGAAGAACAUCGGAGUCCUCGCCGGCGUAGCGUUCAUGUGCGUCAUCGCCAUCUACGAGGACAAGUUGAACAUCUGAAAUUCUUCUUGCCACCAGACUUUGUGAGAGAAAUCAACGUGCGUGUUUGACUCUACGAGAAACCUCCGGCCACAGCUUUUAGUGAUUAUGGGCAUGCAAGCCUUCCGGACAUGAUGAUGGUUGCAGCUUUUGUGAAGUGACGGCAGCGAGAAUAGCAGACUUUGCAAAUAUGACAAAGGCAGUGUGCACAACAGACAAUGCGGCACUCCUUCGACUUUACGAAUGUGUAUCAUAAUAAAUAAUGUCUAUAUUUGUACAUAUACUAAUCAGAAACAGUGGACGCUGCUGUGCUUAUUUUUCGAGACGAACUUUGUGAUAAUAAAAGCUUGAUGCGAGCUUGGUCAA